AUGGCAUCAUCAUCUUCACCUGGGAAGGAAAAUAUUCAAGGUCCUUUACAUUACUUUUUUGGAUGGAUUUCACUAUAUUUUGUCAAGACUUACUCUCAUGGGGAUCCUCAGUUGAUUUGUCUAAUGCCUGAUAUUCAUUUCAUGCCAUAUCUUGGGUUUAUUGGAAACCAAUCGGCAGCCCAGUUUUUUAAUGAUAAAUUUCCAUUUGUGGACUCUCUCCUAACUUAUCGUACGGAGUGUCAGUUUAGGGCUCUGACCCAUGAAGGUAAACCUUCAGGCAUUCUGGUCGACUCUGAAAGGAUAUCAUCUUUCCAUCUUGGCUAUCUUAUAUCUUUGAGGCAAGGGGUUUUAACUUUUAAAAUGGGAUUUAAUUUCAUUUCUGAACCGUACUCCCCUAGCCGAUAUGGUCGUCAAUUUGGGUUUGCUCAAGCAUGCCCUAUACCGCUUAAUGUAUCUUGUCGGCAGCCCUCUGAGUGGUCUAAAUUUUAUUACAACUGGCGCCAUAUGCUACGCUGCGGUACAAAAGUCUCAUUGGAGUUACCAGGCUCCCGAUCUACUUCUCACGUAACCAUGCCUUAUGCCAAUUGGUGGUUGGGAACUUCCUUUACCGUGCUUCAAUAUGUUACUCAUUCCCAGUCGAAAUCUUCACGCAAGAGAAAACUAGAUAUGUCAAUUAAAGACCGAAAGACGAAAAAUCCUCCUUACUCUAGAGCUAGGUCAUCAUCUUCACCUAUUGCUCUGGAAGCAUCAUCACUUCAGAGAAUGGAUAAUAGUCGACCACUUAUUGCUCCUUCUCGAUCUAGUUACUCGGCUUCAGAUCUCCUUCAUCUUUUCGAGGAUAUGUGUAAUUCUCAAUUUAAAAUGAGAUUUAGCUUUGAGCAAGCAGAUUCUGGUCCCCAAUUUUCUAGUCUCGCAAAGCUUUUUCCAGAGACUAUGUCUAUCAGUGAUUGUACAGGAACUUCCCAACCCACCGUAGCGACCAAAACCCCAAUGGAUCAAUUUUGCACAUACUUGUACUCUUUUCUUGAAGAUAAAGAUGAGAAUAUGAUUCAAGAACUCUUUGAGGGAGAUGGGUAUGAAUUAACUGCCUUGGGUCGUAUUCGCAUUAAGAGUGUUGAAAUUCCUUCUCCUACCAAAUCUUUUGAUUGUUCUCUCAAUGGAAGUAACGAGAGUGAAGAUGAGUUUUAUGACUACACCCCUCUUUUGGAUGGCACACCGACUAAGAUGAGUAAAUUGCCCUCAGCGAAUGUAGCUUUUUCUUCUCCUUCGAACGAGUCAUCCAAGCUAUUAGAGAAAGGCACUGCGCCUCAAACUUCCCCAGCUGCCUCGCAUAUGCCAUUGGCUACCUUUAAGGGUAUUCUUAUUCAUUCCUUGUACCUCAUUUUAUUCCAUUAUAAUCCGUGGUUCACCUGCGGGAAUCACAACUUGUUUUCUCCCACACCUAAGUCUCAACAAAAAAUUACUUCUAAUACAUUGGAAGAGGUAGACGUUCUUGCAGACUUACUUGAAGCAAAUGGGGUUAACAAAUUAUUUGACAAACUUGAAGCACCCUUUGCUUCAUCUGGCCUUCUUUUGGGAAUUUCCUCUAACGAAGCAGCCACCCAUAUUCAGAAAGGUCUUACUAUUUCUCUCCAAUCAAUGACCGAUGUUAAUGGCAUGAUUGCUGUAGCAAACAACGUUUUCAUGAUUUUAAAGAGUUUGGGUGUAGACUUCAUCUCCUUUUAUGAGAAGGUGAAGAUAUUCCUUGGGUGCUUUGCUUUGAAAACCCAACUUGCAGAUUCUUCAAACUUGUCUAUUGCAGAAUUUGAGGCCCAAUACUAUGAGAAGAAGCUUCAUUUUGACAAAGUUUCUGGCGAGCAUGAACAGUUGUCUACUUCAAUUAUCAAGUCGGAUUAG